AUGGAUGGUGGUUAUAAUGUUUGUACUAAAGCCUGUGCAGUGAGUGGAUUAAGCUGUAAAAAGGAAUUUAAAUUAGCAAUUCAAUAUUAUCAAGCAAAUUUAGAUAUACAAAAACGUUUAUAUCCCGAGACUCAUACUAAUUUUGGUACAACAUAUAGUAAUAUUGAUAUUAUGUAUAUACAAAUGAGUAAAUGGAAAGAUGCAGAAGAUUAUGUUCAAAAAGCAUUACAUUUAUUUGAUAAAACAUUACCAGCAAAUCAUUCACAUAUACUAUUGGCCAAAGAUAAUUUAUAUUUAACAAAGAAUAGAUUACAUAGAGUAGUUGUAUACAGAGAGAAGGAGAGAGACAGAAGUAUUUGA